GGUCAUGUGGGGUUCGAUAGUCUUCCGGAUCAAUUGGUUAAUAAAAGCGUGCAAAAUGGCUUUGACUUUAACAUUUUAUGUAUCGGCGAGACGGGACUGGGCAAAUCCACAUUAAUGGAUACGUUGUUCAAUACAAGCUUCGAUUCACAGCCAACGGUGCAUACCCUGUCCAACGUAAAACUUAAGGCGCACACUUAUGAGCUGCAGGAGAGUAACGUAAAGUUAAGGUUAAGCCUUUGCGAUACCAUCGGUUAUGGCGAUCAGAUCAACAAGGAAAAUUCUCAUAAAGCACUAGUCGAUUAUGUGGAUGCCCAGUUCGAAUCGUAUCUGCAAGAGGAAUUAAAAAUUAAACGUUCAAUGGCUACAAACCACGAUAGCCGCAUUCACGUGUGCCUCUACUUUAUCUGCCCUACAGGUCAUGGUUUGAAGUCCCUAGAUCUGGUAUGCUUAAAACAACUGGACUCCAAACUUAAUAUAAUACCAGUAAUUGCAAAGGCCGAUACAAUAUCACAACCGGAACUGGAACGGUUUAAAGCCAAGAUUAUCGAUGAGUUGAAGCAACAUAAAGUCAGCAUAUAUCAGUUUCCUACUGACGAUAUAACAGUAGCAGAUACAAACGCUGCCAUGAAUACACAUAUACCUUUUGCUGUUGUGGGUAGCACAGAUUUUGUGAAGAUCGGUAGCAAGCAAAUGCGAGCUCGCCAAUACCCCUGGGGCAUAGUUCAAAUUGAAAACGAGGCUCACUGCGAUUUUGUCAAAUUACGCGAAAUGCUUAUUCGCACAAAUAUGGAGGAUUUGAGGGAGUUAACGCAUACACGCCACUACGAGCUAUAUAGACAGAAACGGCUAUUGCAGAUGGGCUUCGUAGAUGUCGAUAGCAAUAAUCAGCCGGUCUCUUUCCAGAAGAUUUUUGAGUCCAAACGCAGCAAUCACUUGGCCACCUUGCAAGCCAAGGAGGAGGAGGUUCGUCAAAUGUUUGUACAGCGCGUCAAGCAAAAGGAGAAUGAGCUUAAGGACAAUGAAAAAGAGUUACAUACCAAAUUUGACCGUCUAAAACGAGAACAUUUAGAAGAGAAGACCAAAUUAGAGGAAACUCGAAAAAUUCUGGACGAGCAAUACCAGGAGCUGCAGAAACGCAAACACCAAUGUUCUAACGGAAGCCAAUCGACUCUUACAUUGGGCAGAGGCAAGAAGAAAUAA